AUGAGUCAUCACAAGAAGCCCAUCAAAGCCACCGUCCCAAAAGCCCAUCUCUACAUUUCCGAUGGCUACUUAUCAUCCGACAACAGUAUUCCGAUUCCUCCUAAAGACGAACCAGCACGACCACCCUCCAGGCAGAUCCUACACCAUCCAUUCACCUCUCAGAUCAAUCUCAUCCUGAGUAACGCCGAAAAACCUGAACCGAUCGACGGAUCUGAACCGACAAGAUGUCCGGAGAUCUUGCAGCACUUGUCCGACCUGGGCAAAUACCAACACUUCUCCAACCUCAAUCUCGCCGAUCUCUUGCUCGACGAAUUCGUCCAGACCUAUUUUCGAUCAGGCAGCUUGGUCGCAAUCUCACUCCCAAAAUUCACCGGGGACGACCUCUUCGCAAUUGAUGGUUACGGCACGAUCCACAUGAGACUUUCUCAAUCCACAUACCAAACACUAGGACUUUCUGGCAGACGUUCCAAAUAUGGUUCUCCGGGUCAACAUUUCGUUGUAGAGAUCGAUAUGCGAGAUCGGGCGAUGCGAUCUGGAAAAGCACUGUAUGAGCGGACGAAGAGGUGUCUAGAUAAAUUCCCUGGAGACGUUUUUAACGACCUUUUGGGCCCCAAGCACGAAACUAGAGGCCGUCGUUGGGAUGUUGUGAUGGCCUGGGUUGAUGAACAAGGCAGCUUACAGCCCAUUAACAGCUCCCUUCUCUCCCCUACAACAACAUGCAAAACACGUGUUCCGGAGAUAAACUGUCUGGAGAAACUCGUCCCUCAUAUCACCAAGCCAGACACGGUUGAGAGUUACCUGGAUCUAUACGAACAGAUCGGCGAAGCCCUCCUAUCUACGAGUGACAACCAUCCCCAUCCCAAGGGAGGAAUAACGGCCAAUUCGAUCGAAGCCGUUGGGUUUUUCCAUCCGACUAAGCUAGCCGAGUUAACCGAGAAGGUGCUCAAGAUAUAUCGAAUCGUCAGCAUUACCGGCCACACAGCCCGCUCGGCCCCGUUCUCAUUCUUGACCUUGAAACAGACCAACAGAACCACUCAUCAACCAGUCGAUCCGUCUCCAGCGAAGAAGGCCAAGAAAGUCAAGAAGGGGAAGGGCGCCAUGCUUGGGCCCGAGAGGGCUGUCGAUGCUGGGCCGAGUAGCUGGACAUUUGUUGCGCUCGAGGAAGCAGAAGAGGCCCCUGCUUGCUCCUCCGACCCGUCCAGUGUACCCGAUCCAUCCCCUUCCGCUCUGGCAGUCUUGGCGAGCCCGCAGAUCUCAUUGGACGCCUCCACCGAUUUGGUCGUCCGAAAACGGCACAGGCCCGACAAUGAUCCAUCUUCUGAUCUCACCGGUAUCCCCAAACGACCUUGGAUAAUCUUCGAGUCUGUCGGGGCUCUUGACACACAUUGCUAACUUAUCGCCUCAAAACAAGAUGAAACGGAAAUUCUUGUCACGCAAUCAUCAUGAUUCACUUAGUAUUUGUGGCGUCUUCAGGUCUUUUGUUAAUCUUCCUUUUGUUGAUUUCUCAAUGAUAAUUCCUUCA